GAAGUAGAGUCGACCGACGGGAGGCAGAUUCAGGGUGAGUCAGUCAGGCUGCUGGCACACGCGAGGCUGCGCCGUCCUCCUCCUCUUCUCCAUCAGUUCACCUGGAUUAAAAAAAAACAAAAGCAAAUCGACUCGCAUCCUACCCGAUGUGAAAAGGAAAAGUGGAGAGAAAAGACGAGAAAUCAUCUAAGAAAUGGGAGCGUUUAGGGUGCUGCUGGGGAGUUUACAUUACCUGGGACUCUGUCUGCAACUUAGUGUCUCCACGAGACAAGCUGGACACCGAGGGACAGAGAACCGCGUCUCUGGGAACGCUAUGUUUACAGAGGUGCCUCACGAUAUGAUGGCCCAGAGAGGUCAGGAUGUGGAGAUGGCCUGCUCCUUUAGAGGAGCAGGAACACCAUCCUACUCACUGGAGAUCCAAUGGUGGUACAUCAGGAACCAUCUAGACUGGACAAACCGACAGCCCUGGACGACUAAUGAGGUGGCUCCUGAGGAGGAGACACCAAAGGAUGCUACAAAGAUAAGUGUGGUGAAGGUCGUAGGAAGCAAUAUCUCCCAUAAGCUCCGCCUCUCUCGAGUCAAGCCCGCUGAUGAGGGAACCUACGAAUGCCGUGUGAUCGACUUCAGCGAUGACGCCGGUGCCCGCCACCACCGCGUCAGAGCAUACCUGCAGAUCAUACCGGAGAGCGACAGCAUUGACGCCAAGCACAACAGCAACUUUGACGCCAUGGACAGUACCAAGAGAGACAUGAGGUUUUUGGACAGGGAGUCCCACGGCGGCACCAAAGAGCACAUUCAUCACCAGAGUCACGGGCACCACCAGGAGCCCGGCAAACGGCCUUCGUCUGCUGCCCACCACGGCCACAGCCACGAGGGAAACAAUCAGCAGCACAAGGCGGGCAAAGAGCUGAGGAAGAGGGACGUGGACAGUAACCACAGCCACAAUGACUGCACCAACGAGCCGAGCUGUGCGCUGUAAACACUUGUUACGCCUGAGUGGGGCAUCACACAAUGGGUACAUAAUGUAUGUCACAGCAUAAAAGCUAUUCUCCUCACACAAUGCAGGCCUGUAGUGAAAUCCAGAAUCCACUGAAAUGUGCAAUGUGAUUUAUUUGAAGCAGAGGGGUGUGAACUGUGAAAGGAGUGUGGCUUUUUCUUGCUGUGCAUUAGUCUGCGUUGGACUGCUCACUGUCUGAAAACUGCCUGUAAAGUCUGGCUUCCUAACAUUCAACAAGG